AUGCGUUUUAUUUGUCUUGUGUUUAUUUUAGGUGGUGCAAACCCUUCCUCUUCCGGAUCCUGUCCAGGAACAACAGCGGCCAUCAGUGGCUGUUCAGACGCUGAACCAUCGAUUUCUGAUAGUUCAAAGUUCAACUUUAUGUUCUGGUCAUGCCUUUCACCGAAGGUAACGAGCAUGGAUUUAAUCAGCGGUACAUCUAAUGAUCUCAUAACGGCAACUGGUUCUGGAUUCGGGUCAAACAACUGUGAGAAUGAGGUUAUGAUCGGUGAUGGACGUGGAGUAGUUGAAUCAGCCUCGGAUUCUUCAUUUUCCUUUAAAAUAGACCCAUCGACAUCUCCUGUUAUUGGAACAAAGCAGAAACUCACAUUAAGAGUAGGAAAUCGGGGAUUUGCUCUCGUGGACUUGGCAAAUUCUACGUUCGCUCUUUUACCAGGUGUUUCAAGUAUCUCUCCAGCAAGUGGAUCAACAGCCGGGGGCACCAUCUUAACCUUGACCGGUUCCGGAUUCCAAGGAACAACAUCGGAUGUCUCUGUCAACAUUGACAUCUACCCAUGUCAGAUUCAAUCUUUAACCUACACACAGAUCAUUUGCUCUACACCUCCAUUGUCGGCUGGUAAAGUUGAAGUAUCUGUGAUCAUUUCAGUAGGUGGACAACAAUUUACUGCUGAAUGUGCAUCAUGUUCAUACACUUACGAUGCAGCUGCUUCGCCCACGGUUUCAGCAGUCUCCCCAACUACGGUGUCUGGCUCAACAACAUCUCUUACUGUCACAGGUACUUUAUUCGGCACUACAACAGCGGAUGCUCGGGUCGUAAUAGGCGGAGAAGAAUGUGUGGUAUCCACUGUAACUGCUACACAGAUUGAUUGUGCUGUAGGUGGAGUUAAAACAGGAACCCAUCCGUUAGAGGUGUACAUUGCUGGAAAGGGCAGGGCAGUAACAUCAGUAACAAUAGACAGUCCUGCAACCAUCAGCAGCUUGGAUCCAGUUCAAGGAAGCAUUAAUGGUGGAUUACUACUGAAGAUCAAUGGCAACGGAUUUUCUCCCAUAAAUACAACCGUUAGUAUUGACGGCUCCGAUUGUCCAGUGAUGAAUGUUACAUUUAGUUUGGUUGUAUGUAGUACGCCAGCGCAUGCGGUAGGAAGCACUAACGUAAUCGUUACAUCUGAAACCGUGUCCUAUACCAGCCAGACUUUCACAUAUGCAUCAGGUGCUUCACCAGCCGUGACAAGCAUUAAUCCAACGCAAGGAACCGCGACUAACACACUCACCAUCACCGGUACUGGAUUCAGCUCAACCAUGGAAGACAACUCUGUUACCAUCAACAAUGUCCCUUGUGUCGUGACAGCUGCUUCUACUACCAGUAUAGCGUGUACUCUUGGUGAUGUGUCAUCUGGCGCUUACCCAGUUGUGGUUAAUGUUGCGGGAUUCGGCUUCAGUGACUCCAACACCCAAUUUACAUAUGAGAUGACUUUUUCAACAAUUUCACCAUCAACAGGGAGCUCAUCUGGAGGACAGAGUGUUACAUUAAGUGGAAGUGGUUUUGUACGGGGGUCUAUGACAGUAACUGUGUGUGGACAACCAUGUUCUCUACAAUCCACCGCUCAACAAACGUCUACAUCAUAUGUUUGCUUAACUCCUCCUGCUACAGGUACCGUAACCGCAACCACUCAGUGUGAUGUAGUAGCAACAGUUAACACGAUCACCCAGACUUUAAGUAAUGGUUAUACCUACGACGCCAGUCUAACGCCUGAAAUUACGGGAGUAUCUCCUGCACGAGGUGGCACUGCUGGUGGAACCACACUUACGAUAACAGGCACUGGAUUUGGUACAACUGUAGGAGAUGUAUCAGUAACUAUAGAUAGUGCUGUAUGUAAUGUAACAACAGUAUCAGCUACACAGAUAGUUUGUGUAACUGGACCAAGUAAACCAUCAGAUACUAAAGUAACCGUUGAAAUACAAGGAAGUGGUAUCGGUAAACAGACAAGCGCUAAAUUUUAUUAUAUUGACGUCUGGUCUUCGCGUUAUACUUGGGGUAAUCAGGAUCCUCCAACCGAAGGUGAUUUAGUAAUAAUACCACGAAAUCAGACGUUACUAUUGGAUACCGACACCGCCAUAUUAAAAAUGCUGGUCAUUCAGGGCGGAAAACUGAUUUUUGAUGAGAAGGACGUGGAAUUGAAAGCAGAAAACAUUCUAAUAUUAGAUGGCGGGGUGUUACAGGUUGGUACUGAAGCCGAACCAUUCCAACACAAAGGUAUUAUAACCAUGUUUGGUAAUUUAAGAUCACCAGAAUUGCCUAUAUAUGGAGCUAAAUGUUUGGCUGUAAGAGAUGGAACGUUAGAUUUACAUGGAAAACCAACCCACGUGACCUGGUCUCGCCUGGCAUCAACAGCAUCGGCAGGAGCUACAGCCAUCACUCUUGAACAUCCAGUAGAAUGGAAUGUCGGAGAUCAAAUAGUUAUUGCCACAACAAGCCAUCGUCACUCUCAAAGAGAAAAUGAGGUGCGCACCAUAGCCAGUAUAUCGAGCGAUAAGCUGUCUCUAACACUCACUAAGGCCCUGACCUAUACUCAUAUUGGGAUCUCGGAGACGUUUGAUGGACAGACCGUGGAAUUCCGAGCUGAAGUGGGGUUGUUGACGCAUAAUGUGGUUGUCCGGGGUUCACGAAACAUGCAAUGGAAUGACAAAAUUGAAGCAUGUCCUGACGGAUUUGAUACAGGAGAAUUUGCCACCCAAACUUGCUUCCAGGGUCGCUUUGGACAGGAAAUGGGCAGUGACCAGUUCGGUGCCCAAAUCAUGCUGCACGCUCCAAGAAAGGAUGAGAAUCUGGCAAUUGGUCGAAUCAGUUAUAUUGAAGUUAACUAUGCUGGACAGGCUUUCCGACUCGGGAGAUAUCCGAUACAUUUACAUUUGAAUGGGGAUAUGUCUGCUUCGUAUGUUAGAGGCUGUGCUAUUCACGAAACCUUCAAUAGAGCUAUCAAUAUUCAUUUUACCCACAAUCUUCUCGUAGAACAUAACGUAAUUUACAAUGUUAUGGGCGGAGCUUUCUUCCUGGAGGAUGGUAUUGAAACUGGUAACAUAAUCCAAUACAACUUGGGUGUAUUUGUUCGAGGCAGUUCCUCACUUCUCAACGAUGAUAUUACUCCGGCAAUUUUCUGGGUAACGAAUCCAAAUAACACUAUACGACAUAACGCAGCCGCUGGAGGCAGCCAUUUUGGAUUCUGGUAUCGCAUGCACCUACAUCCCGAGGGGCCGUCCAAAACUAACACAAUUUGUCCCAAACAUGUACCCUUAGGUCAAUUCAAAAACAAUACUGCCCAUUCGUUUGGUUGGUUUGGCUUGUGGAUCUUUGAAGACUACUUCCCCAAAGUUGGCGGAUCCUGUUCACAAAGUGCUGCUUCAGAGGUUGCAGUGUAUGAAUCUUUGACAGCAUGGAAUUGUGAAAAGGGUGCUGAAGCCGUCAACAGCGGUGCUAUUCAGUUUAAAGAUUUUAUAUUGGUAAACAAUGAAAAGGCUGGUUAUGAGGGCAAGUUACUUUCAGGGGGAAUUCCUCAGUAUGCUGAAGACGGACCGAUGGUAAGAGGUGGUUUAAUUGUUGGUUACAGCUCGAACUUAGACACGGAGGUAUCUAACGGCUGCACCCAUGGUGGUGUUAUUUUACCUUACCAAAACGGUUUUAUGGUUAAGGGCACAAAGUUCGUCAACUUUGAUCGUAGUUCAUGUGCCGCAUUCCGGUUUACGAGGAUCACAGGAACAUGUUCGGUAAAUUGUGGAGGAUUCAUCACUAAAACUACAGGUUUAGGAUUCAACAACGCUGACAGAAGAUUGCACUUGGACUGGCAACAUGAGGGUGUUAUCAUUGAUAUUGAUGGUUCGUUGACAGGAAGCGCUGGGCAUUCAGUAGUACCCUCUAUGGGUAUACUUCCACCUGCUAAAUGUAGUUCUGCCGUCCCCUUUAGUGUUGGCACUGUACCGGGAAGCACAUGUCAAGCAGACGUUAAAUUCCACAGAUUUGCCUUUAAUAACAUCAAACCCUCUUCAUUGGAAUCUAAAGAUGUUGUAAUUGAAAACCAGUUUGGAAAUGUAAGUGGACCGUAUCGAUUUAAGAGAAUAACUCACAAACCUGGUUGGGUGGUAAUAAUGGUUGAUGGUGAAAGUUAUAAGAUGAGUUUUGAAAACGGCGAACAAGUAACAAAUAUCAGCUAUAAUGGAGUUUUUCACAACUUUGAGUCAGGACAAGCCAUGAUACUUACUCUACAGACAGAGAAGAAACCAGAUCGAGUGAUGAUUGAUGGAUCUACACCACGUACAGAGCAAACAACCGAUCUAGAUCCUUCUACUAUGGAAAAUGGUGAUUGGCGGUAUAACUACACCACUGGAACGCUAAGCUACAUCGUUUCUGCCAGUCAGUCGAGAAAGAGAAGAGGAGCCAUUGUAUAUGAUACGGACAGAGCUUAUGAUUUUAAAGCGUUCCGAUGUUACUACACAGACUGUAUACCACCACCAGAUCCCACGACUGUACUAACUCGUCCCAAUACGUCAAUGCUAUGGUCAGAUGAUAACACGUGGCUUGAGAUGAAUAUAACCAAACCAGUUGACGGUGAUGAUUUAACAAUUGGACGAGGUAUGAUUUGA